CGCACGGCUUAUUUUUGGCACGAGUUUGAGUCCACAUGCUCAACAAAUUCCUUGUCAACAUUUUCCUCCAGUCAGUUUUUUCUUUCCAGUUUUCUUCUGAAACAAACUUAAUUAAUUAUUGAUGAGUAAAAUUAACUAAUUAACUAACUAACUUUAAGAUACUAUCUGUCAGAUAGUCGCGAACGAUGGACCAUGGUCAACAGAUGGACCACGUCGCCAUGGAAUUUGGUAAGUUAUCCGGCGAGAUAAGCGGUGACGAUGAUAAGCCUCCCCCCAAAAAAGCAAGGAAACCUCGCCCCCCAGAGGUGAAAGCGGCCAUGCUCGAAAAGCGAAAAAAGACCGUUCCCGAACUCCUCGGUCCCCUCGUGGACACGCCGGACGGGCGGAAAAUGUACGAAAAUUUUGAAAUCUCACUUGAAAAUGGGAUUUACACCUGCGUCACGUGCGGGUUUUUUACGGGGCCGCAAUACCAGCAGAAUUGGAGACGAUUACAAAUUAUUAAGAUGCACAUCAAGGCGAAACAUUCAAACGCGUAUCGAUGUCAUUUGUGCGAAAAAAAUUUUACGACGCAUAGAUUCCACCAGCUUCACCUCCAAAAAAUGCAUCCCCCCACCGAACUCGUCUCCCUCCAGCUGUGCAACCUCUGCGGAAAAUCUGUCGCCAGUCUCGACGCACAUUUCUGGAGUCACCACAAAACCCCCGAGGAAAAAGCGGAAGUCAUCCAAUCCGGAAAAGGCUUCGCGAUCUUACCCUGUCCCAAAUGUGGCAAAGAAUUCGCCGGAUUCGACAAACUCGCAGCCCACCAAACGAUGGGAUUUCGCUGCAAAGGGAACCAACUCGCCAAUUACCCGACCGGAAAUGCAAACCGGAAGUUGCCCUGUCCCACUUGCGGGAAGAUGUGCUUCCUCGUCAACCUCGCCCAGCACGAGUGGACCCAUAAAAAUGCGGCGGAAAAGGAGGAGAGUCUGCGCCUCGGGACGGCGCCCGUGGCGAGGUGUGACAUCUGCGACAAACUCGUGGUUCAUUCCGGGUUUAAGAAACAUAUGGAAAUUCAUGAGAACAAAAAACCGGAAGUGGAGGAGGGGACGCGUUUCCGGUGUGAGUGGGAAGGAUGUGAUCGCACUUUUUCGAGGGAGGGGUAUUUACUCCGGCACAAGAGAGUGGAUCAUGAAGGUGGUGGAAUUAAGGAGAAUGAAAGAGUUCGGAAAUAUGAAGAUGUCGAUUUGCUGCGAUGUCCGGACCCGGCUUGCUCCUCGCGCCGCUUUACGUCCAGAGCCCACUUGCAAGAUCACAUCGGUCGUCGCCACAAGUUCAAGGUGCGGGCGGAGCGCCCCUUCAAGUGCGACAUUUGCCAAGCGCGCUUCCUCAUCAGGAGCGACCUCACGAAACACACAAAGAACCAUCCCCCUCGGGAAGCCUUCACCCUCACGUGCCCCCACUGCCCCAUGCUCUUCGUCAAGUCACGCUUGUUAAGGAUGCACUUGACUCUGGAGCAUAGUGCGCCACACGAAGGCGCGACGGAGAGGGCGCGCCGAGUUCGGGAGAAGCAAAUAUCAGAAGCGCAAAAGCUGGGGGAUCGACCCUUCAAAUGUGCCAUCUGUCGAGCUGGCUUUUCUAUCGAACCGUAUCUCGCCCUCCAUUUAAGGAAUCACCGACCACGUGAAGAGUACACGCUCACGUGUCCCCUCUGUCCAGUCCUGUUUGCGAAGAAACAACCCUCACGGUUCCACCUGACCGUGGAACAUGGCGCCCCGAAGGAAAGCAACGCAGCGAGAAUGCGAAGAUAUCACGCGAUGAGGAAAAAGGCCAAGAUGAAGGCGGACAAUAAUUACGACGACGACGAAAGGUAUGCAAAUGACCCUGGCUGCUCAUCAACCCGGAGGGUGACCAGAUCGCGGUCAAAACGUGUCCUAAUUGAGCAUGAUCCGGACGAUGAGAUCGAAAUUAAGGAGGAAGACUGCGCCAUUCGAGAUGUCCUAUCGUCCUCUUCGGAGGGGGAGGAGAUCGACGACGACCCCGACUAUUUUGGGACAAGCGAUGAGAUCAAGUCGGAAGAUGAAGAGUCAAACUGUGACCUGGAUGACAACACGAUGACGAAGGACAACGAAGACGAAGUUGAAGAGGCGAACAGAGGCGCAGACUUGGAUGACGAAAAGGUCAAAGUUGAGCAGCACGCCGGCGACCUGGGCGAAGACACCCACACCACAAUUGAGGGUAACGACGAGAUCAAAAGGGAAAAGGAGGAGGACGACGACGGAGAAGAUGAUGAUGACAAUUUCGACCACGUGGAUGACCACGUGGACUGGAGCGAAUUCUCCUUCGACUAUGGCGACUCCUACUCCCCGUCCGCCCUGGAAAUGAGGGACCCCUUGCAACAAAAUGACACCGACGACGGGGACGAAUCCGCCUUUGGCAUAACUCCACACCCCCCAAAGACAAGAAGAAUGGGUCCCAUUGAGAAAAUUAAGGCUGCCCCUCGCCCCCCAAAAACACGUGACGAAUCGUCCCCUCCGGGAAAACAGGACACGACAACAACCUCAUUCUCAAGAAUUUCAAGUUUCAACCCGCACUCCUUCAAGUGCCCCACGUGCAACAGAUCCUUCGCCAAGGAGGUUACGCUGACCCGCCACGUGGGACGGGGCCACCCCUUCGCCUGCACCGCGCCGACGUGUUCCUCCAUCUUUGAGACCGAGAAGGCGCGGAACGUCCAUUUGAAGAGCGCCCACCCCGGCCUGACCGCGUACCAGUGCGCCAUCUGCGCAUACAAGUUUAUCCACGCCUGGGCCCUCGCGAGGCACAUGGUCAUUCGCCAUGAAACUGGGGAAAAGAAGUUUCCUUGUGACAAAUGCGGGAAGAGUUUCGCGCUCGAGGAGAAUUUACGACGCCACGUGGACCUGCACAAAGUCGAAGGGGAGAAACCCAUCGUGUGCGACGUGUGCGACUCCCGAUUCGAGGACGACGCGCGGCUGGCGCGCCAUGUCGAAACGCACGCGGUAAAGCGGUUCAGUUGUACGGAAUGUGUGACAUCUUUUGCGUGUAGUGAAGGCUUAGAGAGACACAUCCGCCUCCGUCACACGGGGGAAAAACCGGCGAAAUGUGACCUCUGUGAGGAAUCCUUCAUCGACCGGCAGGCCCUUCGGAGGCACGUGGCGCAAGUCCACGUGCAAAGCAGCCACGUGUGCGAAAUUUGCGGGAAAAGCUUCUGCUUUAUCGACGGCUUCAAGACGCACCUCAAACGACACGACGAGUCCAAGCGGCACACGUGCGAAACAUGCAGUGCAAAGUUUCUGGAUCGCGACAGAUUAACGACGCACCGGAUCCGGGAACACGGGGCGGACCCCUGGGUGUGCGAGCAGUGUGGGGCGACUUUCACCACCAUGUCGGGAUUCUACCUUCACAAGAAGUCCCACAGUGGCGAGAAACCGCACAAAUGUGAUCUUUGCGACGCCCGUUUUCUGUUGAGAAGGGUGAUGCUCGAUCACCGCCGGACGCACACGGGGGAGCGCCCCUUCUCCUGCCCGCACUGCGAGUAUGCCUCCAAAACCAAGAGAACGCUGCGCAACCACGUGGACAAGAUGCACAGGCCCGGCUACGUCGCCCCGCGCAACUUCCGGUGCGCCCAGUGUGAAAAAAGGUACCCCUCCAAUGUGGAGCUGGAGGCGCACGUGCGACAAGUGCACACGGGGGAGCGGCCCUUCGUCUGCGAGCAGGAUGGGUGUGGAAGCGCCUUUGCGCAGAAGAGGUCGCUCGUCUUGCAUUUGAGGAACACGCAUAAAAUAGGCGAGCGGAAGAGUGGGUUGAAACUGCCGAGUAGGAAAAGACCCGAGGUGCGAGAAGAAGAGGGUGGAAAUGAGUAGUGGGGGAUGAUUAUUUAGCGGAAAUUUAAUUGGGGUCUUAACUUUGAUAACAUACAUAAUAUAUGUUAUAUCUGUGUUAAAUUGUUUAACUUCAUGGAAUAAAUUGUUUCCAUCGAGAAGUAUUUGGAAUUACAAAUGUCCACAUGUUUCGUGAUUCCUUUUUAUUAUGAGGGUAUUUAUAUGUAUUGGUCCAAUUUAAGUGAUCAUAAUUUAAUCCUUUUUCAAUAUAUACUCUACUCUCCCUCCACGCAGGACUGAACUUUUAUAGAAAUUUAGAAUUCUGAGAAACUGCAUACGCCACUGUUAGGUAUAUGUAUGCCUACGUAGAUAUGCAUAUGUAAUUAGUUAUGAAUCUGUACUCACUCCAUCUUUAACUGUCUCCUAAUAAAUACUCUCCUCUGUC